GCUGACCCCACCCAAAACUUUGCUGCUGGCUCGGGAGGUCUUUAUUGAAAGGAGUCUCCUUUUCCAGAUGUGGGAUUGAGUCUUUUCCAUCACUGUUUAGUCUUUGACUCGCUUUCCUUCUGUUUUCACCCUGCUUUCUCCCCUCUCCAGGCAUUCCUGGAGUUUCCAAGGAUGCCACAAGGCACAGACUGUGUUGGAUUGUGCACAGCCCUGCCCUGGGCUCAAAAAAAAAAAAAAAAAAAAAAAAAAUUCCUUCUCUGCACUGCUUGACCAGAGGAACCCAAUUUCCCAGGCAGCUCCUCUUCUGCUCUGACCUAGAGAAGAGAUGUCCCCAGGGACCCCUGUGGGGUGGGAAUUCGGGUCGGGAUUCUGCCAACCCCAAAGAGCAGCAGCUGUGGGUCAGGGGUCCCAUCCCGGUGUUUCCCAGCCCUCUGUCCCUUUCCCCGCAGGGCUCUGCCGUCCCUGGCAGCACGAGGGAAGAUGAACAAGAUGAAAAACUUCAAGAGGAGGUUUUCACUCUCGGUGCCACGCACAGAGACCAUCGAGGAGUCGCUGACGGAGUUCACGGAGCAGUUCAACCAGCUCAACAACCAGAGGAACGAAGACCUGGCUCAGGGCCACCUGCAGCUGGCACAGCUGGGCAGGGACGUGGCAGGGGAUGGCAGCCCCUCGUCCCCGCCGGAGGGACAGGGCCAGUCCCCGACGGCCGCCGUGCGCUACCGCAACCACGGCCAGCGCCGCUUCUCCAUGGAGGACGUCAGCAAGCGCCUCUCGCUGCCCAUGGACAUCCGGCUGCCCCCCGAGUUCCUGCAGAAGCUGCAGAUGGAGAGCCUGGAGCUGCCCAAGCCCCUGAGCAGGAUGUCCCGGCGGGCCUCGCUCUCAGAUAUCGGCUUUGGGAAGCUGGAAACCUACAUCAAACUGGACAAACUGGGAGAGGGCACCUACGCCACGGUGUUCAAGGGCCGCAGCAAACUGACAGAGAACCUGGUGGCGCUGAAGGAAAUCCGCCUGGAGCACGAGGAGGGGGCUCCUUGCACGGCCAUCCGGGAAGUGUCGCUGCUGAAGAACCUCAAACACGCCAACAUCGUCACCCUGCACGACAUCAUCCACACCGAGCGCUCCCUCACCCUCGUCUUCGAGUACCUGGACAACGACCUCAAGCAGUACCUGGAGAACUGCGGGAACCUGAUGAGUGUGCACAAUGUGAAGAUCUUCAUGUUCCAGCUGCUCCGUGGCCUGGCUUAUUGCCACGGCAGGAAAAUCCUACACCGAGACCUCAAACCCCAGAACCUGCUCAUCAACGAGCGAGGGGAGCUCAAGCUGGCUGAUUUUGGAUUAGCCAGGGCCAAGUCGGUCCCGACUAAAACCUAUUCCAACGAGGUGGUGACGCUCUGGUACCGGCCCCCCGAUGUCCUGCUGGGAUCCACCGAGUAUUCCACACCCAUCGACAUGUGGGGGGUCGGCUGCAUUCACUACGAGAUGGUGACGGGCCGGCCGAUGUUCCCCGGCUCCACGGUGAAGGAGGAGCUGCAUCUCAUCUUCCGGCUGCUGGGAACCCCCACAGAGGACACCUGGCCUGGGAUAACAUCCAACGAGGAGUUCAAGGCUUACAAUUUCACCCAGUACCGAGCCCAGCCUCUGAUAAAUCAUGCCCCAAGGCUGGAUUCAGAAGGUGUGGACCUGCUGACAAACCUGCUCCUGUACAGAGCAAAGGGCCGGAUCUCAGCCGAGGCAGCCCUGCAGCACCCCUACUUCAAGAGCCUGGGAGAGCGGGUGCACCUCCUGCCUGACAACGCCUCCAUCUUCUCCCUGAAGGAGAUCCAGCUCCAGAAGGACCCCGGGCACCGAGGCUCAACCUUCCAGCACUCAGCCCGAGGCAAGAACAGGAGGCAGAGUAUAUUUUAA